AUGUUGCAAUACCUCGAGGACCACUUCGACCUGUCAGACACGAAGUUCGUCGGCGCCAGCGCGGGGUCGCUGCUGUCGGCCCUCACGCUCUGCCACGUGCCCGCGAAGGCAGCGAUUCUGGAGGCAUACAGGUUGGCAGUGGAGGCGGGGGCGUUCGACCGGCCGCUGGGGCUGGCGGGGGUGUGGGGCAACCUGGUGUCGACGUGGCUGGGCACGCUGCUGCCGGAGGACGCGCACAAGCGCUGCUCGGGCCGCGCGACCAUCGUUGUGGCGCGCGUACCCAACAUGGAGCUGAUCGGCGUGGACGCCUUCGCGACGCGCGACGAGCUGCUGCGCUCGCUGCUCGCGUCCUGCCACGUGCCCUUCGUGCUGGACGGCCGCCCGUGGGUGCCCUGGGACCACCACCAGACGGGGCCUCUCGACAGUGUCAUGGACGGCAGCCUCAUGGAGUUCUUCGACCCGUCGCGGGCGUCGUACCACCCGUUCUACGACGAAGGGACGCAGCACGGCAUCGUCAUCGACUACUUUCUGGACGAGGAGCUGGAGUACAACCGCAUGAGCUUCCUGCAACUGCGGGACUUCCCGCACGUGCUCAACUACGUCAGGCGCGGGUACGAGUACGGCCGGCGCAUCCACGCACGCGGCGAAUUGUCAAUGCUGUCGCCCCGGUCCUUCCCGCGGGACACACUCGACCUCGACGGCGUCCUCCACGAGGGUGCGCGGAUCCGGGAAGCCAACCGCGGGCCAGGCGGCGGCGAUCCGCCCGUGGUUGUUGAGCGGGCAAAGGGCAGGCGCCGCGGCAAGCGGCGGGACGCAGGCGACGGCGGCGGCACGGCGACAAUGUAG